GUUUUGGGCCAAAACCCAAAAUCCACAAGUAAAUGAGGUCCUUGUCUGCAAAAUUGACUCCAUCGGCCAUCCUGCAGAACUCGAGAAGGAAAAAGAAAAAAGACAAAGACGAGAGCUUUUCGUCUUUGUCUGUCCAUUGAAGUCGCAGAAAUCAAAAGAAAGUAAGGUUUGAAGAAAUGGGUUUCAUUACAAAUCUCUUGAAAGAACAGCGGCAUACUCUGUUUCUCAGAAAGCUCCUACCAUGGACCUUUUAUGCCCUUCUUCCAAUAGCCUUCUUCCGGUUAUACUUUCAUCCUAUCCAUCUUCCAGAAAGUUCCAUUCCUCAAAUACCUCAAAUCAUCGUUUCUUCUUCUUCAUCUUUGUCUCCUCCUCGUUUUUCACCUUCCCCUGUUCUUGAAGAAGAAGUAAAUGCUGUUAAUGAAACUCCAUGUGAUUACACCGACGGCAAAUGGGUCCCCGACAAGUUGGGACCUUUAUACAAUGGCUCAACCUGCAGUACAAUCAAAGAAGCCCAAAAUUGCAUCGCUCAUGGCCGCUCUGACUUGAGCUAUCUUUACUGGCGAUGGAAGCCCCACAAAUGCUCUCUCUCAAGGUUUGACCCCGACAAAUUUUUUCACUUAACGACUAACAAACACAUUGCGUUCAUUGGCGAUUCAAUGGCUAGAAACCAAUUGGAAUCCCUCCUCUGUAUUUUAUCCUCUGUUUCCACACCCCAACUCGUUUACAGAGAUGGCGAGGACAAUAAAUUCCGGCGAUGGAAUUUCCCAACUCAUAAUCUCACUGUUUCCGUUUACUGGUCACCGUUUCUUGUCGAUGGAAUUGAAAAAUCUAACACCGGCCCUAAUCACAACAAACUGUUUCUACAUCGUGUGAAUGAGAGAUGGGCUGUGGAUUUAGAUGAUUUCCACUUAGUUGUAUUCUCAAUCGGCCAUUGGUAUUUACAUCCAGCAGUUUAUUACGAAGGGGAUGAAUUAGUAAUGGGUUGUCAUUAUUGCCCUGGUUUAAACCACACCGAGAUUGGAUUCUAUGACGCUUUGAGAAAGGCUUUAAGAACAACAUUUCAGACUGUAAUCGACAGAAGAAAUCCGACAAACAGCGAUGAAAUCGACAUAUUCUUAGCUACAUUUUCCCCCUCGCACUUCGAAGGGGAGUGGGACAAAGCUGGGGCGUGCCCCAGAACAAAGCCGUAUAAGGAAAAUGAGAAGAAAUUAGAGGGUAUGGAUGCAGAAAUAAGGGGGAUAGAAAUGGAGGAAGUUGAAGAGGCAAAAUCCAGAGCGAAACAGAGUGGGGGGCUGAGAAUUGAAGCGUUGGAUGUGACGAAGUUAUCGAUGUUGAGGCCUGAUGGGCAUCCUGGUCCUUACAUGAUUGCAUCUCCAUUUGCCAAUAGGAUUGGAGAUCGUAUUCAGAAUGACUGUGUUCAUUGGUGCUUGCCUGGGCCUGUUGAUACUUGGAACGAGAUUCUUUUGCAAAUUAUGAACAAUUGGGAGAGACAAUCAAGUAGAGGCAGAGGAUUUUGAGGGUAUAUUCACUCUCAAACUUUAUUACAUUCAUACAUACUCUCUUAUAUUUGUUUACUUCCAAUCUUUACAAAUUACACCUGUUUGAUGUAAGUGGAAUGUUUGAAUCUCCAUAAAUUUUACACCAAAAAAAAGAAUGGUUAAAUUACAAGUUUAGUUUUUUGAAGUCUAAGAAUUGUGUCUAUUAAUAAUGUCAAAUUAUUGAUCCUUAAACUUUCAAUUUUGUAUCUAGUAAACUUCAAUUUUUG